AUGUCCUCUGCCGAGACAUAUAGACGCUCUAUGUCCGAAAAGAUUGUGCGGGUUCUUACAGCACCCUUCACCACUACUCGCUUUGUACGCGAUCAGUGGGGGAAUGAUAUUGAGAAUGGACCAGAUACAGAGAAUCGGAAUACGCCACGAUAUACAAGCGAGCGCCAAUCCCGCGACACCCCAACGGAUGGUUCGACAAGCGCGAGGAGCAGCAUUUCGAUAGACGCUGCGGAUCCCGUGCCACAGGCUUAUUGGGAUGUCAAAGACCGCGACUUUCGAAACAAAUCGGCAGAGGAGGAGCAAGCGUGGCAAGGUUGCACGAACGUGGUCGGAAAAUAUGAUACAACGGACUGUCAGGUUCAGUGCGAGCAGAUAGAUACGCUCCUUGUCUUCGCUGGUCUCUUCUCUGGUGUCGCGACCGCGUUCAUCAUGGAGGGCUAUAAGUGGAUGAUAGAAGAACCCGAAGAUGUGUCUGCGGAAUACCUUAGGCAGAUUCUCGCUCUGCUAUCCAACACAGCCGUUCCAUCCAUCACUCGCUCCGGCGGACGACCCCCCAUUCCAGACGACAUCGUCGACUUCAUCAAUGGCCUAUGGUUCAGCAGCCUGACGCUGAGUUUGUCAUCUGCCCUCAUCGGCAUCGUAUCCAAACAAUGGCUUCGCGAAUAUCUACGCGACGCCGGACGUUCUCACCAGACCAACCUCGCUGUCCGUCAAGUCAAGUUUCAAGGUUUGACGCGGUGGUGCGUGCAUGCCGUGAUUACGUCCAUACCGUUGCUCCUUCAGGUCGCACUCUUCUUAUUCCUUGCUGGUGUCGUCUACCUGCUCUGGCAUAUACAGCAAAGGAUUGCCCUCGUCAUUACCAUCCUCGGCGCGCUCAUCAUCCUCUUCUUCAUCAUCACCACUGUUAUGCCCGCAUUGCAAUUCGUAGCUUGUCAUGUAGGGUGGCUGCGUCUACACACAAGCAGUCAGGUGCCGUUCAAGUCCGCGCAGGCUUGGCUUUUCCUGCGCAUCGUUUUGUUUCUCUUCAACUCUGCGGCCUGGGUCUUCCAUAUCUUGACAAACGGUAUCAAGCACGACCGUAUCUUCGUACCACCCUUUCCGACACAUGCUGCAUGGCCGCAGUUUGACCUCGAUUGGACUCAACGUCGAGACGAGAGCGCCCGAUGGAGCAAAGAACCAACGUCUGUUGCACUGUGCCUCGGCUUCAUUGAGCUCAACUUCGAGCAUCCAUCUCUGCGCAAAUGGAUCUGGGGUUGCCUAUGGAGUAUGCGAGACAAUGUGAUUGAUGCAAAGUAUGUGCUUCAAUGCAUCAGACGCAUUCCGGAGGUCAAGUCCAACUUCCCCGCACCCAAAUCAGACUCCUUGGCGAGCGCGGUCCUUGCCUUAUCCCAUCCAAAUACGGUAACGAAAACCACCUUUGAGUUGGUACUGCAUGCGAUAUUGGAAUCGGAUGAAGGCACAUCGGGCACGAGCGUCGAGCAUCUUAUCCGGAUAUUCAACGACAUCAUGCACCGGGGUGUCGAGGUCCCCGAUGCCGUCUACACCACUUUGCGUAUCACGCUCUCCAAGAUAUCGGGAGCAUCUUCCUCACUUGAUACACGCUCUCAACUGUUCUAUGUAGUACAGAACACGUUGAGGAGAAGUCAACACACCGAAAUCCUAUGUGCACCGUUUACAAAACUGAUCACCACCAUUAUCAUGCACCUCAGUCAAGGCGAGAUCCAGGAAAACCAUACGUACGUCGGCCGCGAGCUCAGCUUGGACGUUGCUGCCGACGUCUCGGAAUGGCUCGAGCGGUACCCGGAACCGAUCUCCAACUGGGCAGCCUAUAAGACGCGUGUUAUAUGGUCCGCCCAGACAGCUUCUCUUCUUGCUCGUCGACUUGCCUCGUAUAAGCCGCUGGAGGCCGCGAACAUCCCGAAGUGGCACCCUCGCUUCCCCACUAUAUGCGCACUCGUCCAGCUCGUCUUCGCCAAAGCCAGCCUGAUUCCGACCGAGACGUGGCCUUCGUGGACGUCGUCAGAAAAGGACGAUAUGGAGAACCUCCAACAGGUGAAAGCCGCCCUCGACGCGGCGCGCGAAGAGGCUAUCACUACAGAUAACGAGGCGCCCUUGGGGGCUCCUUACCCCGCGGCGCGGCCCAUGCCUUGGAUGGUGGGCGUAUCAAGGAACGGAAGGAGCUCGAACACGGCCAGGCCGCAGCAAGAUGGGGUACAUUUUGACCAGGACCACGAGCCGAACGAGUCUAGCGCAAUGGAUGCAUCCAUGCAUGCCUCAGGAUUGGACAGUCUCAACCAAGGCGCGCGUGAUGCGGGCCAGGUAUCAUCUACCCACUCCCGGAUAACUGCGGUCGAGCAGGACUCCAAACAGCCUGCGAACAACGGCGACGCAGACCAGACGGUUGCCGACCACCUUCCCUCUCGAACGGCAGCCAGACAGGACUCGCAGCAGACGGCCGUUAGUCAGGAUUCUGAUCAGACCAUGUUCAGCUACGCUUCCCGUCGGACGUCGCCGAGUCCCGACUUGACUCGCGGGUCAACCAGUCAGGACACCAUUCGAAAGUCAUUCGGUACCACGCGAAGUCUGUCGCUGUCGCCGGAGGGCACGAUUCUCGAGCAGGACGAACCGCCGUCGGCUAGUACUGUGAAGGACUUCUCGCAGGAGCUGGACGACAUGCCGUCCCGGCUUGAGGGCGACAUCAGGCGACGACCUUCACGAGAGACCGACACUCUUCGGCCGCAAGGGCAAGCCUCGUCGCCAUCGCCUUCGAAUCAAUCUGCGUCACCGCCAGCGAAAGCCAUCCCGCCCUCUCGAGCCAACGGCAAUAUGCCGUCGCGGGGCGGUCGCACCCGUCCCGAAGAGAACAUGGACUCAUCACCUUUGGUGGGCGCUCCGCCGACGCCCUCAGAGACCAGCACCGCCCCGCAAGGAAGCGAAGGCCGGUCUCUUCCCUCGCGAGGGACCGACGUCCCUCAAGGAGGGCUGGGAGGCGACGUUCUACCUCGAAAUGAUUCGAAGCCUCGCUGGCGCAUAUGA